AUGGCCGAGUAUUUAGCGGCUAUAUUUGGUACUGAAAAAGAUAAGGUAAAUUGCUCUUUCUAUUUUAAAAUAGGAGCUUGUCGACACGGUGAUAGAUGCUCGAGAAUUCAUAACAAACCAACUUUUUCGCAAACUGUGUUGCUACAAAAUUUAUAUGUAAAUCCACAAAACUCAGCCAAGUCUGCCGAUGGCAGUCAUUUGGUUGUGGCAAAUGUGUCUGACGAGGAAAUGCAGGAGCACUAUGAUAAUUUUUUCGAAGAUGUUUUCGUUGAAUGUGAAGAUAAAUAUGGUGAAAUUGAGGAAAUGAAUGUUUGUGACAACCUCGGAGAUCACUUAGUAGGCAAUGUUUAUAUAAAGUUUCGUCGAGAAGAAGAUGCCGAGAAGGCUGUGAAUGACCUCAAUAACCGUUGGUUCGGAGGCCGGCCUGUUUAUGCUGAGCUGUCUCCUGUCACCGACUUCCGUGAAGCUUGCUGUCGUCAAUAUGAAAUGGGGGAAUGUACCAGGAGUGGCUUUUGUAAUUUCAUGCACUUGAAACCAAUUUCAAGAGAACUGAGGAGAUACUUGUACGCUCGUCGUAAGGGCGGUCGUCGUUCCAGGUCGAGGUCCCGGGAACGUCGCCGAAGGUCGAGGUCCCGCGACCGACGCCGCGAGCCACCACGCAACUCACGCUCCGGGCGAUACUGA